CUAGCACUGAAAACAAACAGAAAGAAAAUGGAUCCCUUGUUUUGGCCACUGGAAACUAUCAGCUUUCAACGGUUCACUCCUGAGUCCUUGGCAGCAAUUGAGAAAAAAAUUGCUGAGAAAAAAGAGAAGCAAGCCAAACUUAAGCAGGAAACUACUGACCAAGAAGUUGAAGAGGAUAAAGUGACUCCUCAGCUUGAUCUGAAAACCUGUAAAAAACUGCCGUCUCUCUAUGGUGACGUUCCUGUGGAGCUUAUUGGGGAACCCCUGGAAGAUUUGGAUCCAUACUACAGUGAUCACAGGACUUUCAUGGUGAUCAAUAAAAGACGGACUAUUUUCCGGUUUACUGCCACGCCUGCCUUGUGUAUACUUGGUCCUUUUAAUCCAAUCAGAAAAGCAGCAAUUAAAAUUCUGAUCCAUUCAUUAUUUGUUGGCUUCAUUACACUGACUGUGAUACUCAACUGUGCCUCCAUGGCUAUAGAUACGCUUGCAUCAGAGUUCAAUGGAAGUGAACACCUCUUCACUGCCAUAUACACUGGUGAAAUACUGAUAAAAGUAUUAGCAAGGGGAUUGGUUUGGAAUGAAUUUACCUUUCUUCGAGAUCCAUGGAACGUUCUGGAUUUUGCUGUUCUUGUGGUGACGUAUAUUAGUAUCUGUACAACAUCAGGCAAUAUUUCAGCUCUUCGGACAUUCAGAGUACUGAGGACUUUGAAGGCUAUUUCAGUAAUACCAGGUCUGAAAGUCAUCGUGAAUUCACUUAUCGAAUCUGUUAAGAAACUUACUGAUGUGUUGAUCUUGACUGUCUUUUGCUUGAGCAUAUUUGCUCUAAUAGGCCUGCAGCUUUUUAUGGGCAAUUUAAAAAACAAAUGUGUCCUCACAAAUACUACAUACAAUGACACAUUUUGUAAGGAUGCCAAGAUAUAUAACGCAAGUGAAACAGGUAAAUUUUAUUAUUAUAUCUGUGCCAGAAUGAAGGGAUCUUCUGACAUCCUGCUCUGUGGUUACAAUGGAAAUUCUUCAGAUGAGUGCCCUGAAAACUACACAUGUUUGAAACGUGGGAACAAUCCUGACUUUGGCUACACAAGUUUUGAUCAUUUUGGCUGGGCCUUCCUUUCUUUAUUCCGUCUGAUGACACAGGAUUCCUGGGAGCGUCUGUACAGACAAACUAUCCGUUCAUCUGGGAAGAGCUACAUUUUAUUUUUUAUAGCUGUCAUCUUUUUAUGCUCAUUUUAUCUCUUCAAUCUGAUAUUGGCUGUAGUAACUAUGGCAUAUGAAGAGCAGAACAAAGCUACUCUUGCUGAAACACAGGCAAAGGAAGAAUUACUUCAGGAUGCUAAAAAAAUUCUUGAGAAAGAACAGAUGUUGUCUGCUGGAGAGAGUAAUAAAGCCUCCCAUGUUGAAUCUGAAAUGUCAGUUGCUGACUUAGAAAAAUCACAAGAAAAAGAGAUGAGGGGAGAAAAGCCUGUUUCAAGGCAAAGUUUAAUUGUAGGUGAUCAAAGUAACGAGGAAAGUAUGCUUCGUUCACAGCCUGAUCAUUGCCACAAGAAGCUGAGGCAGAUCCUAUUGUCUUAUGAGUUGUCAAUGGACUCUAUUAACGAUCCCUAUCAGAGACAGAGGUUAAUGAGUGCAGCCACUAUUAUUACAGAUAACAUGAAGCAGCAAAAUGCGAAGGCGAGAUUCGCUUCAGUUUGGAAACGUCUUGUUCAGAAGUAUCUGAUUUGGAACAGUUGCCCAUUCUGGAGAGCAGUCAAAGGGAAGGUGCAAUUGAUAGCUUUGGAUCCACUUGUCGAUCUCAUAAUCAUGAUUUGCAUUAUAGUGAAUACUUUUUUCAUGGCUCUGGAGCACCCUGGCAUGUCUGUUUCUGAAAAAAGAUUGAUUUGCAUAAGUGACAAGGUUUUCACCGUGAUUUUUGCAGCAGAAAUGGUCUUGAAAAUCAUCGCCCUAGAUCCAUACUACUACUUUCAGCAAAAAUGGAAUAUUUUUGAUAGUAUAGUUGUGAUGAUUGGCCUAAUAAGCUUUCAUGAAAAUAUGACAUUUUUCAGGCUGCUCAGGAUCUUCAAAUUGGCAAAGAUGUGGCCAGCCUUAAAUACUCUUAUGAAAAUAAUUCUAAACUCAGUUGGUGCACUGGGUAACCUCACUCUGGUUUUGAUUAUCACUGUAUUUAUUUUUGCUGUAGUAGGAAAGCAGGUUUUGGGCAAAUGUUACAGUGCUAACUUCUACAAAAUAAGUACAACCAGGAACUUACGCUGGCAUAUGAAGGAUUUUUGUCAUUCAUUCCUGGUCAUAUUCCGAAUAUUAUGUGGAGAAUGGAUUGAAACCAUGUGGGAAUGUAUGGAAGUGGCUGGACAAGGGCUGUGUCUUCCCAUUUUCUUGCUAGUCCUGGUGAUAGGAAACUUAGUGGUGCUCAACCUAUUCAUUGCCCUGCUGCUGAGUUCUUUCAAUACUGACUCCUCACCGGGACAAGAGGAAGCUGAAAAACAGAGUAAAUGUGAGAUUGCCAUUGCACGGAUUUGUAAGGGCCUGCAGUCUGUGAAACUGAGAAUUUUGGAUAAAUGUGGCAAAACCAUGGAACAAAGCAAAAAAACAACAGCCAAAAAGAAGACUUUGGGAGAAAGUUCCUUCAAAGACUUAGAGAAAAAUAACUAUGCUAUGACAGAUGUUGGAAAGGAUGCGGACAACAGUUGUUUUGACAUUGGAUGUUAUAAUAAUGAAGAGAGUUCCUCAGCAGAACGGAAAUACGAAGGCUCUUUAAACUACCAUAGUGGCCACAUUCCCCUUGCAGUAGUAGAGACUUAUACUGAUGAAGGUGAUGAUGAGCAGAGUGUAUACACAGAAGGAGAAUACAGAAAAUGGGGAUUUGAUGUUGGUAGCUAUUCUGAAGCCAGCACCGUGGACCCAGUCACUCUUAUAGACCUGUAUCCCCAGCCUAAAAAAACACAUUUACCUAAGGACUGUUGCACAGAAAGUUGUGUCAAACAUUUUCCUUGCUGCAGCAUAGAUAUCACUAAGUUUCCAGGCAGCACUUGGUGGAAAUUUAGAAAAACCUGCUACAAAAUUGUCAAACAUAGCUGGUUUGAAAAUUUUAUCAUUUUUAUAAUAGUACUGAGCAGUGCAGCAUUGGCAUUUGAAGAUAUUUACCUUGACGAAAGAAAAACAGUUAAGCAGCUCCUUGAGUAUGCUGAUAUGGUAUUCACUUACAUCUUUAUUAUGGAGAUGCUUCUGAAAUGGGUAGCUUAUGGUUUGCACAGUUAUUUCACAAAUAUGUGGUGUUGGCUCGACUUCAUCAUUGUGUGUGUAAGUAUUAUAGAAAAAAGUAGAAGUGCCCUGAAGUCUCUCAGGACGCUGCGAGCACUGCGGCCUCUACGAGCUUUGUCAAGAUUUGAAGGGAUAAAGGUUGUUGUGAACGCCCUUUUGGGAGCUAUCCCCUCGAUCCUGAACGUUUUACUCGUCUGUGUUGUCUUCUGGCUCCUGUUUAACAUUGUAGGAGUAAAACUACUUGGAAAAAAAUUUUGGAAAUGCGUGCCUGAGGCAGGAGAUAACAGAGAAGUUCACAACAAAAGUGACUGUAAUAAUUAUGGAGGGAAAUGGACAAAUAGCGAUGUAAACUUUGAUCAUGUUGGGAUGGGAUACUUGGCUCUUCUCCAAGUGGCAACUUUUAAAGGCUGGAUGGACAUUAUGUAUGCAGCAGUGGAUGCACGUGAGGUUGAUCAACAGCCAGAAUUUGAGGCAUUCUUUCCUAUGUAUUUUUACUUUGUGAUUUUCAUUAUUUUUGGAUCUUUCUUCAUGCUGAAUCUCUUCAUUGGAGUGGUAAUCAGCAACUUUAACCAACAAAGGAAAAAGAUAAGUGGAAAAGAUCUCUUUUUGACUGAGGAACAGAAAAAGUACUAUAAUGCCCUAAAAAAACUCGGAUCCAAGAAACCUCAAAAACCCAUCCCAAGACCAUUGAAUGCAUUUCAAGGAUUUUUCUUUGAUAUAGUGUCACACAAAGCAUUUGACAUUAGUGUGGUGACUCUCAUCUGCCUAAAUAUGGUUGUGAUGAUGGCAGAAAGUGACAAGGAAGAUGUCAGGGAUGUUCUUAAAAGGAUCAACUACUUCUUUGUGGCAGUAUUUACUGGGGAAUGCGUCAUAAAAAUAAUAGCCUUGAGACAUUACUUCUUCACCAUUGGCUGGAACAUAUUUGAUUUAGUUGUUGUGGUCCUUUCACUAGUUAGUAUUGCACUUGCUGAAGCCUUUUCAAAGUUCUUCUCUCCUACGCUUCUGAGAAUUAUUCGUUUGGCACGAAUUGGCCGCAUCCUGAGGUUGGUCAAAAGAGCCAAAGGAAUUCGAACUCUUCUUUUUGCCUUAUUGAUGUCUCUUCCGUCUCUGUUCAACAUUGGCCUCUUGCUAUUUCUGGUUAUGUUCAUUUAUGCUAUUGUGGGCAUGACAAAUUUUGCCUGUCUUGCCUGGGAAGGUGGGAUCAAUAACCUUUUCAACUUUCAAACUUUUGAUAGUAGCAUGCUCUGUCUCUUCCAAAUUACAACGUCAGCUGGCUGGGAUGGCCUCUUGAGUCCAGUGUUAAAAGAUUCCAAAAACUGCGCUCCCAACGUAGCAAAUAAGAACAGCACUACUUGCAAAAAUGAAGUGGUUGGUAUUACAUUUUUCGUAAGCUAUGUCAUCAUAUCCUUCCUUAUUGUUGUAAAUAUGUACAUAGCUGUCAUCUUAGAGAAUUUCAGUGUUGCCACUGAAGAAAGUGCAGAUCCUCUUUCUGAGGAUGACUUUGAUAUGUUUUAUGAAACCUGGGGAAAUUUCGAUCCUCAGGCAACGCAGUUUAUUGAAUAUUCUGCACUUUCAGACUUUGCAGACGCUCUGGCAGAACCCUUACGCAUUCCAAAGCCAAAUACAAUUCAGCUCAUAUCCAUGGACCUCCCAAUGGUGAGUGGAGAUAAGAUUCACUGCUUGGAUAUCUUGCUUGCCUUCACUAAACGGGUUUUGGGAGAAACUGGAAAUUUUGAAGGUCUUGAAUUACACAUGGAAGAAAAAUUUAUGGCUGCCAAUCCAUCUAAGGUUCCCUACAAGCCAAUUACUACUACACUUAAAAGAAAGCAAGAGGAGGUGUCAGCGCUUGUUAUUCAGAGGGCCUUCAGGAGGCAUUUGCUGCAGCGUUCUCUGAAACAUAAGCCUUUCUUAAACUGUCGCAGACGUUACAACAGUGCGGUGUACGCCAAAGAGGUGCAUGAGAAAGAUGGUCUCAUUGCAUCAAUGCUGAGUGAAAAUUAUGGGAGGAAGCUAGAUAAAUCUCAGACUACAUCUUCCAUCUCCCUCCCGUUAUUUUAUGAUGGUAUUGCUGGAACAGAUGCUAAUAAGGUGGGCACAUAG